AGCCAACUCUGUCGAUUCGUUUCCCUCACAAUAGUCACACAAGUGCUGUAGGUAGCCAGCGACUGCCAUGCACAACGCAUUCGGCCUCGGGCCCAGCGGGCGAGCCACGCCCUUCCAGCUCAAUCACGACGCCCGCAAGCCGCUCUUCGGCCGGCCUGAAGACAACGCCGAGAACCCGCUGCAUCUGUACAACACGGCCAGGACGCCGGGCUACGGGCGCAUCGGCAUGCCGGACUCGCACGCGACAGGCCUGCGCAAGCCGAGGCCCGUCUCCGAGGGCUUCGCCUCGACCACCAACGGCAACGGCAACGGCAACGGCAACGGCAAUGGCAAUGGCAACGCCAACAGCGCCAGCGUGCUCUCCUCCGGCGGCGGCGGCACCAAGAUCCCCCGCCUCAACAGCCUGUCGCAGUCGCGCCGCAAGCCCAUAUCCCUGCGCAAGGCCAUGGAGCUGGCCGAGGGCGAGGAGGAGGCGGCCAAGAUGAUGCUCGAGGCCGGCAUGGACGAUCCCGUCGCCGUCGACGGCUCGCCCAGUCCCGCCCCGCGGCCCUGGAGGACGCGGACGGCCUCGGAGGUGUCGCAGCUGCAGCGCGAGCUCGGCGCCGACCAUCUCGACACCAAGGCGCGCAGCAAGAUCCCGUCGGCGCGCAACUCCAACCUCAGCGCAACGCUCGUCAGCGGCAGGGAAGGAGCCGUAUCGCCAGCCAGGGGCAGCAGCCUCCCCCUGCGUGCCGGUCACGCGGGGGUCAACAGAGAGGGCACCGCCACUACCGCGACCACGGCCUCCAGCGGGCUUCCCUCGCUCGUCCCGGGCAUCGAGGACAUUCCGCUGCCGUCCGUCGAGCCUGCCCUGUCCGCAGCAACGCUCGUCCAGCCGUCGUCUCCCUCCCCCGGCAAGAGCUUCGUCUGGCAGAUGGACGAAGACUUCACCGGCAGCGAUCUGCAAAUCUCCGACAGUCCGCGCGUUAGGGUCGGGACUCGGCCGUUUGCAAGCCGCCUAGGAUUCACCCCCGACGCAAAGCAGGACUUUGACAAGCUACCGCGAAUCACCGCCCCCGGUUCCCGCAACAGCAAGCUGGACGAGAUCAGAUCGCUCGAGCUCCGCGCAAACGGCAGCCAUAUUCCCCUCGCAGGCCCGGGUACCCGGCCGAAGCCGCAGAACACAAAGCUGGACGAGAUCCUCAAGAGAGAAGCGCAGGUGGAGCGCCAGAUCCCGCUUCCCAGCAGGCACUUGGACGGGCCGAGAAACAAUACCAAGAUUGACGACAUCAAGCAGCGCGAGGCCGACGGCAUGUCGAAGCGCGCGUACGCCGCUGUUCGCCUACAGGAGAUUAAAGAGCAAAACUCCAUGGCGCGCCCUCGCUCGCCCGACGACGAGUCCAAGCACCGGCUCCCCUUUGGGCUGGCGCGGCGGCGGCUGGCAAAGACGGAGGUGGCCGAGGAGGUGAAGAAGGAGGAGGCGCCGCCGCCGCCGCCGUCACUGCUGCGUCCGAGGACGUCCUUUGGCAGCAAUGAGUUUGGCCGGCCGGUUGUCGACAAGCCCGUGACAAUCUUCAACCAGGACCCGAAGCGUGCAGGCGAGCAGGAGAAGACAGAGGGCGGUGCGGUAGCGGCAGCGGCAUCAUCGCGGACCCAAGAGCUGGAGAAGAGACUCGAUAGCGCCGAGCAGCAGAUCGAGGCUCUGCUGGGCAAGCGGCGGCCGUUGGAACGACGGCCCGACGAGCACGAGCUGCUGCGACGGCUGGCAAGGGCCGCCAGCUCCAGCCCGCCAGUCGACGACGAGCCGCGGGCGAAACAGCUGCCCACGCCUCCGCCAGGCGACGACGAAAAAGAAAACAAGGAAUCCACCGGCAAAUCAAUCGCCGACCGCAUCGCGUCUCGCUUGUUCCCGCGACGCGCCUCCACCGGCGAGAAACUCGCUCCAAACACUACCUGGAACACCGCUCCAACAACUGCGACAACUACAACUACUGCUUGGAAUACCCUUGCGAAUACCGGCACCACCGCUCCCGACGCCACCAAGGAGGCUGAAAAGGCAAAGCCCAGCGUGGCAUUCACUGGCCUGCAGCGCACGCGAUCCGUCGAUUCGACUAAGAGCAAGCGGUCCAGCAUGCAGUCAGAGCCAGACCCCACGGCCAGGAUCGAGGCCGAGAUGAAGCUGUUUGCGCCGUCGGACAACCACUCCGAACGCGGCUCUCUGCGCGCGCCGUCUCCGCCUCUUGACGACUCUGAUCUGGAGGACGACCAUGCGCAUCCCAGCAAGCAGCCGCCGUCAGACGCAACACCGAAGCCCUCCAAGCCUGACCCCUUGACCAUGGCGACACCGAGGGUCACGGGCGCCUACGUCGAGACGCCAGUGUCGGUCAAGACGGAGAAGCUGGUGCUGAAACCGGAGCCAAAGACGGAAGAUGACGCUCCAAAGCAGGCCGAAACCAAGACAACAGAGUCAAAGCACGCGCUGCUUUUCCGAGACAGGAAGCCGAGCUUCACCUCCUGGAGAAGCAAGCAGAGGAACCAGGAUCAGGAUACCCUGUCCGACCCCGGCACGACAGACGACGGCGGCGAGAUUGGCGCGUCGGCGCUGGCGGCUGUCAAGAAGCCGCGGGCCAAGUCGCUGCCUCGACGCCGGCUGCCCGUCAAGAACUCGGCCAGGCCUCCCUCUGUCAAGGACGACCUGAUGGAGCUGCGCCGCGAGUACAACAUUGACGAUUCGACGUUUGACGACCUGGACGAGAUGCUGGCCAACGCGAGGAAGAUGGCCAAGGUCGCAGUCUCGGAAAGCGGCGCCGCUGCUGCUCGUUCCAAGGGCCUCGAUCUGGACCUCGAUUUUGAUCUCGACUUUGGCCUUGAUUCCGAGUCUGACGCUGCCCCAGUGGUCAAGAGCGAGCGCGCCAAGGAUGCCGAGCGAACCAGCUCCGACGGCGAGAUUGCCGCCUACGAGCGGAUGAACAAGACGCUGCAGACGGGCCUCUUGCGGAUCCGCUCGGCCAAGCAGGGCAUCGAGCGCAUCGAGGACCGCUUCUCCCGCGCCCAGCCGACGCCCGAGAAGGAGAAGGACAAGAAGAGCGCGGCACUGACCGAGGCGCCCGAAGGCCACGCGCAUCACAGUCACGAAAGCGUCGCGGCAGACUGCCCGUACUGCGCGUCGUCGAAACCUGCCUCGGCCUCAGCCCCCGUCACGUAUCUGCAUCUCGCCCUGCCGCGACUCUUCCACCGCGAACCGACGUUUCGCCUCACCUGGCUUGGUCUCCUUACGCUGAUACUCUCGGUAUGGUACGCUACCGAGGCCACCAUGUGCUCGCUCUACUGCCGCCCGACUUCGUGUCCUGCCUCGAAGGCUCCCUGCGUCUGGUCCUUUGACGAUCCCACAGAGUUUGGCACCGCCCUGCCGAUCAAGCUCGACCAGUGGAUCACUGGCGGAUCGGGACGUCAACUCGCAUCCGUCGCAUACGAGGAAGCGUACGAUGUGUUCGCCGACAUCCAAGACCUAGUCCUAAGACGCAGCAUCACCGACGUGGACAUGGAAGCACUCUCCCCCGAGCAGAAGCGACGACACAGGCGCCGUCUGCGUAAGAAGGGCCUCGUUGCCUCUCCCAAGGCGCCGCGACCGGAGGACAAGGCGAAAUGGGACGAGUGGCGCGCAGCGCGGCUCGCCAAGGAGCGGGCCAGCCAGAAGAAGGAAAAGAGAUCGACGACGGUCGAAGAGGAGAUGCCCAAGCCUAUUCCUGUGGCGGGGGACGAGGAAGAGGGGGAGCAGGAGCAGGGCUGGGUGAAGAUUAAGGGGUGGCGGUGA